UACACGUAAAAACUUGCGUAUUUGACAAUAGAAUUACAUUUAGAAUAAUUUCAGAACUAGCGUGGUUGGUUUUUAAAUUAGUUAAUCGGGAUAGUAAUUUUAUUAUGAGUAUUAUUCGUUGGUAACUAUGUUGCUAAAAGUUUUAGUAGCUAUUUUGUUACUGGGAACCACAACAGCAAGUCUAGUGUGUUUAUACUGUACUGACGCUGUCUCGCCUGCUGAUUGCGAUACUGUUAUAAGAUGUGGAUCUCACGAACGUUGUUAUGUUGACGCAUCUGUGAGUGCUGCAGGAAGUAUAAGAUAUAACCUCGGGUGCAGAGACGAAAAACAAUGCAUUGGUUCACAGAAUAUUGGUAAGCGUCAGCUUAUUCCAGACUUGACAGACAUCGGUACAGAGAAGAUAAGUGAUAUCAGCUCCCAUAAAAGAAGGGAUCAAAGUUUGUAUGAGAUUGCAAGGGGAGCAUCUAAUAAAAGGGGGAAUGGUUUCAUUGUGUGUAGUGAAUGUUGCAAUGGCAAUUUAUGCAGUAACGAUGGCUGUGGAAAUUAUGGUUACAAUCAAUCCAGAGGUCCAGUUUGUUACCAAUGUGAUGAACAAAGCAGUCUCGAAGACUGCAGUAAAAUACACUUGUGUGGUCGGGGAGAGGUGUGUUUGCUACAGAAGGUGUUGAAUUCCAUGACACAUAUAGUGAGAUAUACGACAAAAUGUAUCGGAGAAUAUGCAUGUACUGGCGAAAUACAAAGAUACCGAGACCUAAUAUCGUUAAUUGGAAAGCGACAGACAGUGUCAAAAAGAAAUAACCUUGAAAUAGGAGGAUCCUGCCUUGUGCAAUGCUGUAAAUCCGAUUUGUGUAACAUCAAUUGUAAAGAAAAUGUGACACUGAAUUCUACAGCCGCAACAAUUGCAAGUUCAAGUUUACCAACAACAACUAUGGAAUCUACACGACCACAUUUCACUACUGCCCCAUCGACCUUGGCAUCAGCAACAUCACAAAUAUAUAGGUCUUCCUUCCAAACAACCACGAAGUCGUACAUGAUACCAAACACAUCAUUUUCUCAACUAUAUCCAAUGCUGACAACAAGUGCAGCAAGUUUCUGUAUAUACAAGAACAAGAGUUACAACCAGGGAGAGGUAUGGCAAGAUAGUUGCCGGUAUAAUUGUACAUGUAUAAAUGCUGGGGCUGCAGGAUUUUACAGAUGUCGUGAUAUAUGUCCAGUAUAUAACAACCUUCCAGCUGAUUGUAUUUUAGAAAAGAAGCCAGGAGAAUGUUGCUCUCAUCCUAGAUGUGGAGUUAUUGCAAACACUUGUUAUUACGGUGGCACAUAUUAUCAUGAAGGAGAGAAGUGGAACGAUGGUUGUAAAUAUAAAUGCACCUGCCAAGAUGGAAAGACUGGGUUCUACAAAUGUGUAGCUCUAUGUCUUAACUGGACAUUACCACCAACCUGUCGCCUAGACCCAGCUCCUGCCGGUAAAUGUUGCCAAGUACCCGUAUGUCCAAGCAACAUCAAACUUUCAUAUCCACCUGGUUAUGUACAAGAAUAGAAUCACUUAUGAAUUCUACCAUGCUUUAUUUGAAUUUAUUUUUAUAUAAAUUCUAAAGAAAUAAACAUUUGUUUAAAACAUA